CCUUCCUUCUCCUCCUUCCCUCCCUCUUCGCCACUCCUCCUCUCCGCUUUUCUUUCUUUUUUCUUUUCCAGCCGACAACAAACAUAAUAGGAGCUCCAGAUCUUUACAUAGACAGAGGAAGCACAAUUAAUUUGACUUGUGUAGUUUUGUACAGUCCAGAACCGCCUGCCUACAUAUUUUGGAAUCAUAACGACGCUAUAAUCAGUUACGAUUCACCAAGAGGUGGAGUAAGCGUGAUAACAGAAAAAGGAGAAGUAACAACUAGUUUUCUCCUAAUACAAAAAGCAAAACCUUCUGAUAGCGGAAGAUAUCAGUGCAAUCCAUCAAACGCACAAAGUAAAAGUAUAACUGUACACGUUCUUAACGGUGAAUAUCCGGCUGCUAUGCAACAUGGAGGACAAGCUCACCAUCGUUCUUCCCAUUUAGAUUGUUUAAUUUUAUGUUUGUGUCUUCUUCUUUUCGUCGCACCAUAA